AUACACAAAUGCUGUAGGCACAUCUAUUCCCAUCAUCCUAGUUUUCCCAAGGCCACUCCUUUCUGCCGUUUCCGAACUCCGACCGCAGCGAUGCUGUUCUUCAGUUUUUUUAAGACUAUCACAAACCACACAGUUACAAUUGAACUGAAGAAUGACAUACGCAUACGUGGCACCCUUAAAAGUGUUGACCAAUAUCUGAAUAUCAAGCUGGAUGACAUUGAGGUUCUUGACCUGGAUGAAUACCCACAUCUCUCCAGUGUGAAGAAUAUUUUCGUUCGAGGGAGCGUGGUCCGAUAUAUCGUCUUACCGCAGGCGGAGGUAGAUCGGGGAUUAUUGGAGGAUGCCACAAGGAGAGAAGCUGAAAAUCAAGCGAAUAAAACCCGAUGAUUUCAAAAUACAUUACGUCGCUUUGAAUAGAUUUGAAUAGAUCUUACAAAUGAGAAGAACUCCAUUCUAGGAGCUCCUCGGUAAGAAACAUCGCCGCUGUAUCGUACCCAAUUAUGAGCAGAGGAUUAAGCUAUGGAGGAAUGCGGAUUGAAGCGGCAUGAGUCGAUUGAAAUAUUUCAGAAGGUUAUUCAACUUGGCAAAGAUGCGCGUCGGAACCCAUUGCUAAGCCUCACAGGAUUCUCUUGGGGUGGAAAUUCCAAUGUCCGUCACUGUCAGCAUAUGCAGCAGUGCUCGAUUACAGUUAUUCGCAAAUGGAAAAUAAUAAUGAAUAAAUAAAUGAUACCAAAUGACGAUAUCCAAUGAUAUUACCAAUUAUACUAGUACC